GAUAUAUAGCCCCUGCCUCCUCAGCCAGGCCAGACACAGACGGCAAGGACGGCAUCGCUGACUAGGCCACUUUCCCUACCGUUGACACCAUGAAGCUGCUUGCAUUGACUGUGCUGCUACUGACCGUCUGUAGCCUUGAAGGCGCUCUGGUUCGGAGACAGGCCGAGGAGCCGGAUCUGCAGACCCUGGUCUCUCAGUACUUCCAGACUGUGGCCAACUAUGGCAAAGACCUCGUGGAGAAGGCCAAGGGCUCAGAGCUUCAAACCCAAGCCAAGGCCUACUUUGAGAAGACACAGGAGGAACUGACACCCCUGUUCAAGAAGGCUGGGACUGACCUGCUUAACUUCUUGAGCAGUUUUAUAGACCCCAAAAAAGAGCCUGCCGCCCACUGAGGUGUCCAGACCCUGGUCUCCCAUCCCUAGUCUGUUCCCUGGGACACCCACUGGCCAGGCCCGAAACUCCUCGCCCUUCCCACUCCUUGUUUUCUACAAUAAACUUUGCAGG